UAUUCUUUCAUCCAAAUUAAAUGAGAAGUUCCACAUGGCAUUGUCACUCCAACCAUGGACAGGAGAGUCUGACGAAUUUAGUGUGAAAGUGGAUUCUCUCAAGUGGGUUCGUCCCGAUUGCAUCGUUCUAGGGUGUUUUCAACUUACCUCAAACGGCAUGGAGGAAGGUUAUCUUUUGCAAGUAAUCAGGACCAGAGACGGCAACUUUUUUAAUGCUUCUUCUGAGGCGAUACUGCAAUCCUUUUGUGAUGUUUUCCGUGGAAUUGUGGAUGAUAUUAUUCCCGCAGGAUUUGGGCCGCAUCUGUUCUUUAACUAUUUGGAAGAACACAAGCUUGCAAUUGCAGCUAACCAAAAAAAUGUGGACCAGCACAUUAUCCUGUUCAGUUGGUCACUUGGUGAGGAGAUGAAUGAAGCAGUAGUUGUUGAUAUUGAUCGAGAUCACUGGCUUCCAAGAAUUGAGCUUCAAGGUACAUGAGAUACGUAUUCUGUCCAUUCCUCCUCAUCAGGGUUCUGAAAGUACUAAUGUUUUCACGAGGACAAGAUAACUACAUAUUCUUGCACUUUUGCUAUGUCCACUGUUUCAAGUAUGUGGUUUAUAUUCUUGUUGAUCAGACUCGGAGUGAAUGGCGUUAGCGGAGGAUUCCUAUGAGAUGAUUGUAUCUAUCGUUUUCCUAGGUAGCUCUAUGGUAGAGCUGUUGGUGCAGCAUAGCGUAUUGUAAGUUAAGCGUAAACAAAAAGAUGGGCAGUGGUACAUUCAUCAUGCAGAUGACCGUCUCCUGUUACUUGUUGGUU